AUGGAAGCUCUCGAGGCGCACGCUCUUAAACUAGAUUGGAGGAAGCUUUUUGUGGGGACGGAGGAGCAGUCCCUGGAUUUCUUUCCCCCUGAGGUCCUGGAUGGUACCACUACUGUUAAACUGCCUUUGACGGUGUUUGAGGAGGGUAUUGCCGAAUGGAACUCUGCGACUGUUGGCCAAUUUAUUGGUGCUACUCCAAAUUUUGAAUCGAUGCAGCGGAUUAUUAACUCGCUCUGGGGGAAAUCUUCGCCAGUAAAGAAACUUGAUUUUGAUCUCUCUGUUAUGCCUGUUUGGUUUCAUCUUUAUAACGCCCCGUUGGAAUUAUACUCUAGGAAAGGUCUCAGUUACAUUUCCAGUGCUUUAGGGAAUCCACUGUAUAUGGAUUCCAUUACUGCUUCUAGGAAGAGACUGGAAUAUGCGAAGGUGUGUGUGGAGAUCAUUGCGGGGUUCAGGAUUCCUGAAGAGGUAAAUGUUGCCCUUAAGAAUGGAUCCUUGGCUACUAUAAAGGUCUUUGUUCCGUGGUUACCAAAAUCUUGCUCCUGUUGUAGAACUUUUGGGCACUUGGCAAAUAGGUGUGCUGUGUCUCAGAAGGUGAAGCACGAGGUUAAAGUUUGGAGGGAAAAGGGCAUCAGCUCCUCCGAGCUCUGUGAUAAGGGAAAGAUGGAUUCAAUUGUUAUUCAGAGUUCAUCUCAUGUGCUUUCCGAUUUGCCUUUGGGCUCCUUAGCCUUACAAGACUUGCCUGGUAUUUCUCACCUUGUAGUUGUUGAUGGCAGUAUUCGGGUGGAUGAUUCUAAUAAGGUGGAGUCUGCUUCUGUAGUGUGUAAGGAGGAUCCAAAGAUUGCAUAUGAGGGAGAAUGUGUGGUGGCUGGUUCUGUUGGCCUUGAUCACACUCUUAGCUCCUCCUUAGUUGAGGAAGUGGCUCUUAAGGUAUUACAGGAGGAUACAUGUUCUGUGGGGGAUUUCCCUACUUUAAAAGAUUCUAUGGCUUCAAAUAAGAAGGCUAGAGGGAGGAAGAAAGGUAAUACUGGUUCUUCUAGUAAAUUUGAAUCGCUAGCUGAGGGAGGUGUGCUUGAUGGUCCGAGAAAGGCUCGGGUGGCCUCCUUAGGAGUUGCUGCUUUGCUUAACAAAAUCAAGUCUAAAAAGAGAAAUCUUGUGGAUAAAGCAAAAAUUAGUGGUAAUGUGGGGACUGGAAGUGGUAGGAAACAAUGGUCCUUCUCUAUUUUGAGUGCUAGUGAUCAGUCUCUCUCCAUUGCUGGCAAUAUUAAUGGCUGUAGGACACUAAUUACCGCUGUUUAUGGCAGUAAUAGUGGGAUUGGCAGGAGAGAUGAGAGCUCUGAUUUUGAGUCCUUGGGUGUGCACAGCUCCUCUGAUAUGGAAGAUUUUCAAGACUGUUUAGGAGAUUUGGACCUGUUGGACCAUCAUUUCCUUGGUCCCACUUUCACCUGGUCUAAUAGGCAAGAUAAGGGUUUUCUUGCUCGCAAGCUUGACAGGAUUUUGGUUAAUCCUGAAUGGCUAACUGCUCAUCCCGAUUCUUUUGCUGAAUUCAAGGCACAGGGUGCUUCAGAUCAUUGCCUUGGUAUGAUCUGGACACAGAAUGAUGCUUUGGCUAGGAGGCCUAAGCCUUUCAAGUUUUUUAACGGUUGGACUUCAAAUGUUGGUUUUAUGGGAGUUGUUAAGCUUUCUUGGUUGGAGCAGUGCGCGGGCAAUCCUAUGCAAAGACAGUUUUCUAAAUUGAAAAGACUUAAGCCUAGAUUGAAGGAGCUAAAUAAGGAGCAUUUCUCUGACAUUUUCCAGCAGGGUGCACUGGUUAAGAGAGGGGAUCUUAACACUAAAUUUUUCCAUCAAAGGGUUGAGUCUAACAAGAAGAGGAAUAUUAUCAAGGUUUCAUUGUCUGGAAGUGGUCAGUAUCUGGAUUCAUUUGAUGAUAUAGCGAAUGAGUUAGUGAACUUCUUCACUAACCUUAUUGGGACUACUGAUCCAAUGGUAGAAAAUUUUCCUGUGGAGUGGCUCAAGGACUUAUUGAACUACUCUCUGCCAGAAGGUGCUGGUUAUAUGCUCAUAAAGGAGGUGGAUGACAAGGAAAUAAAAGAGGCUUUGUUUAGGCAAGGUAAUGGCAAGAGCCCUGGCCCUGAUGGUUUCUCCUCUUGGUUCUUUAAAGCAGCUUGGGAUGUGGUUGGAAAUGAUUUUUUAGCUGCAGUAAGGUAUUUCUUCCACUCUUCAUCUCUGCUGCCAGCUUUCAAUGCUACCUCUAUUAUCUUAGUCCCUAAGUCUUUGAAUGCUUGCAUGUCAAAGGAUUUUAGGCCAAUUUCUUGUUGCUCUGUGGUAUACAAAACAAUUACUAGGAUUAUCACUACUAGGUUGGCUCUUAUCUUUCCUAGUAUGAUUUCCCCUAGUCAAUCUGCUUUUGUUAAAGGUAGGAAUAUUGUUGACAAUACCUUGCUAGCCCAGGAGAUAGUUAAAGGCUAUUCUAGGAAAAGUCUCUCCCCUAGAUAUGCCAUAAAGAUUGACUUACAGAAAGCAUUUGAUUCUGUAAAUUAG